CCUUUUUAUUGGCUGCCUCGUUUCUUCUCUGGCUGCCCGCCGGAAGUGCGUCAGCGCACACGCGCAGGAAGCGGGCCCUGCCCGGGAUUCCCUCCCCGCUCCGGUGACUGUCCGGCUCGAGCCUUCAGGUGCAUUUAUUCAGCUUUCUAUGAAAAGAUUAAAAUGGCUUCUAGAGGAAAGACAGAGACAAGUAAAUUAAAACAGAAUUUAGAAGAACAGUUGGACAGACUAAUGCAACAGUUGCAAGAUCUGGAAGAAUGCAGAGAAGAACUUGAAACAGAUGAAUAUGAAGAAACUAAAAAAGAAACUUUGGAACAGCUAAGUGAAUUCAAUGAUUCGCUGAAGAAAAUUAUGUCUGGAAACAUGACUUUGGUAGAUGAAUUGAGUGGGAUGCAACUGGCCAUCCAGGCAGCCAUCAGCCAGGCCUUUAAAACACCUGAAGUUAUCAGAUUGUUUGCAAAGAAACAGCCAGGGCAGCUUCGGACAAGAUUAGCAGAGAUGGACAGAGACCUGAUGGUUGGAAAAUUGGAAAGAGAUAUAUACACCCAACAGAAACUGGAGAUACUGACUGCCCUGCGGAAACUUGGAGAAAAGCUGACUUCUGACGAUGAGGCCUUCCUGUCCACAAAUGCAGGUGCCGCCCUCAGCCAGUUUGAAAAAGUCUCCACUGACCUUGGGUCUGGGGACAAAGUCCUCGCUUUGGCAAGUUUUGAAGUAGAAAAGGCGAAAAAAUGAUGAGGAGCUGUGUAGAGUCCCUGGGCGCUGGUCACAGUACAAAUGGCACAUUUCUGUUUUUUUCCGCGGAUCUAAAGUCAUCUCUGAGAACUCUAGAGAGCCUGGAAUUACCAGCAUGAGAAAGGCAUAAUGGAGGUGUCCUCUGGCUCUGGCCAGUAAUUCACUAGUGUGUAUGAGUGUGGGGGGAGAGAUGUGUAGUAUGCAUGGAUGGAUGGUCUCAUUAAAAAACACACCAGAAUCUUACCUUAGAAGAGUCUCUGUGGAAGGGACCAGAGAAAAGGGAAGAGGGAGAGUCUUCCCCUUAGAAUAAAUUUCUCUGAACAUCUCCAUUCAGGUUCCUUUUUUGCUUAUGCUGAUGGGGAAUCAAGAAAAGUAGGAACCAGUGCUUGUUUCCCCCUGGCAGCUGUUUCCUCCCUAUGCUGAAUUGGCUUACUGCUUUUUCCAUAUCCUUAGGGCCUCUUAGGUCUUCCCAACUCAAGAAACCUCAGUGAUCUUGACAGCCCUAUUUCAUAGGAAGAAAUUUGGGCUCUAAGGGAAUUAAAUGAUCUGUUCAAAAUUAGUGGUGAAGUCAGGAUUAGAACUCAGAUCUCCAAACUCCUUGUUUCUUCUCUCUCCCUACUACAUACACCAUCUGCCUUCAGUCCCCCUGAGAAUGAUGUCUUUAUAGAGUCUUACUCUAUGCAGUUAAGAAAGGUAUUUGUGAAAGCCUGGGUUUUUGGAAAACUAUAUCCCAGAAAAAACAGAACAUCCCAGCAGCCUGUCUGCUCUCUGUAUGAAUGGGAACCAUUGUAGCUCUGAAUUUUGAGCAGGGAACAAUGGGGGCCCUGUUGGUGGGAGCCUCCUGGAGUCCCCAAACGUCCUGCAUUGUCUCGCCAAGGAAUCAGUGGGAAGGGGCAUUGAGAGGGUUGCCCUGUGUGACCUGUGGCUGUAGCCCUGGGCUCAUCCACAGGGAGCUGCCACACUGCACAGAUUCCUAUCUUGCCCUGCUAGCUUUCAUGUGCAUUCUCAGCUCUUUCUCUUUUUUUUUUUUGGUCUAUUUCCAUUCUUGAUUCUCCUUUCCCUACCUAGUGUUUUUUGCACAUUCAAAUACCUAUUGGAGCUUUCUAUGGACUUUAAACUGCUCUUGUUCAUGGAUGGAAAUUCUGUCUUAUUUAGAACCGGUCAUCAGAAUCCUUAUUUUCUGGGGUUAGUGGUUUGUGGCUCCUAGCCCCAUUUGGCUUGUGUUUUCUUCAUGGACAUUCCCUACUCGCCUUCCUCACCCCCAAAAGGCUAUGGUAAACUGAGUAGAAACACCCAGCCCAGCUUGUUAAUUGGCAUCUCUGUGCUAAUCACUGUCUGCUUUGGGGAUCAUUCCUCAGCAACAAGAUUUUUAAGCUCUUAUCACAGCCAAGAAAAUGAGGAACAGAUUUCGUCCAAACCCUCUUGGGGGUCUGUGGGGAUUUGGGUCCUCCCAGAUUUUUUCAGUUCAAUUCAUGACCUUCUGAGACAUAGCUUGGCUUUAAUCAUUCAGCUCUCAAACCUGAUUUGGGGGGACAGGGUGAGUUGUUGUUGUUGUUGUUUUAAACCUUUACUUUCUGUCCUAGUAACAGUUCCUAAGUCAGAAGGGCAAAGACUCAGCAAACAGGGUAAAGUGACUUGCCCACGGUCAGACAGCUAGAAAGUGUCUGAGUGUCCCCUCAAAUGUGUUCAGACACUGAUUUUCCUUUAAAAUAACCGUGGUUGGACAACUGAUUGAAAUAGCCAGGUUUGUAGUGCCCAGAGAAACAAGAAGCCCUGAGGCCCUGCUUACCCCUCAGAUGAGGGGAGAUAGCUACCAUUGGCAAAUUUGACACUUCUUUCUCAAUGACAUUUGAGAUGAGAGUUCCCUAAAGUCUUUGCCCAGGUGAGAACAUAGUGGAAAAAUUUUUGAGAGAUAGCUUUUGUUUAAUGGUCUGAUCUGUGCCAUGUACUCUGCUGGGGAGUCUGUCUUUACAAAUCUGGUAUUUCAAUAAAGAGAAACCUUAAAAAGCUGAUAACAUCCUAUGCAAACCAUAGUCAUUAAAGACUUUUCAAACUUUGA